AUGGCGUUUGUCUGCCUUGACCGUAGCGAGGAAUUCAGAGCGGGCGCAAGUAUAGCUUGCAUCGUGCUCGGCCCCGCUCCGCAAACAAUUGGCUUCUGGGGCUCUGGAGUUACUAUCUUGAGUGAUCGAUCCCUCUGGGUAUGGUGGAACUUUGCACUCCACCCUUGUCUAACGCCUAAAGCCGCACCUGACGUCUGGUAUGAUGAUGAGAAACCCAAGUAUCGUUAUCACCUUGAGCAGAAUACUGGAGAUUGGGAGAGGUGUGCCAUGGCAUAA